AGCGUCAGAGGUGGCAUAGGACGGUGAGCGGCGGGGAUGGCGGUCUGGCUGCCGCGUUGCCGGGACGGCGGCGCGCCGUCGGAGGAGGACAAGGAGCGGGGGCUGGGUCCCGCGUCCUGCCAGCGCUUGCCGGAAGUGCAGACAUACAACCAAGGGAUCGAAUUGGCCUGCCAAAAAGAAAAAGAGUUUGUGAAGCACUCUGUAGAAUGCACUUGGAACCUAGCAGAAGCCCAGCAAAAACUUGGUAGCUUAGUACUGCAUAAUUCAGAAUCCUGGGAUCAGGAGUGUGCUCAAGCAAAGACUGAAGCUGCAGAAUUGAGAUGGAGAGAGGAAGAGUGGAGAAGAAAAGAAGAAGCACUAAACCAGAGGGAAAACCAGAAUCUAUGGAACACUGAUCCUGUUAGUAAGGAGGUAUUUAAUAAGAGUUUUAUUAAUCAAAAAAGAAAAACAGAAGAUGAAGAUGUGUCUGAAACACUUAUGCAAAAACAUGAACAAAAGAUCAGACACUUUGGUAUGCUGAGCAGAUGGGAUGAUAGUCAAAGAUUUUUGUCUGAACACCCGUAUCUUGUAUGUGAAGAAACAUCUAGGUAUCUUAUCUUGUGGUGUUUUCAUCUAGAAGCUGAACAGAAAAGAGCUCUGAUGGAGCAAGUAGCACACCAAGCAGUUGUAAUGCAGUUUAUUAUAGAAAUUGCCAGAAGCUGUAAUGUGGAUCCAAGAGGUUGUUUCCGUCUCUUUUUCCAAAAUGCCAAAACAGGAGGAGGCUAUUUUGAGGCUUUUAAAAAUGAACUUGAGGCAUUCAAGACAAGAGUGAGAAUAUGGUCACAAUCACAUGGCUUUCAAACUAUGUUGGUACACGAUCUCAGUGUCAAUCCUGGUCUGGUAGGACAGCUGACAUGUUUUCCACAGAACACAAGUGAUCUGCAAGGUUCCAUAGAUACAGAUGUCUGCAGUUUAAACUCUGUGAUACAAAGAGAUGAAGAAGAAUCCAAAAUGAUGGACACAGUAUAGUAAUCAUAAGACUGAGGCCAAGUACUCUUUCCCCCACCCCUUUUUUUCUUACUUUCCCCCCAAAGAAACAAACAUGGCUAUUUUCUUGACAUUUAUUUUUCUGGGUACUGCACUUUAUUUUUGGUGUCAGAUUUUUGUUGUUGUUUAGUUUGGUUUUAGGGGGGAUGGAGUUUUGAAGGGUGGGUAAUUCAGAAAAACUUGUAAUAUUGUUUGAAAAUGUGCUGCUAGGUUUUUGGUUGUCCUUGAAGAGCAUAUUGCCGAAUGUGAAACCGGAUGAAUUUUCUGCUACAAACCUUGCCUUUAUGAAUUUAGAAAUUGAAGUAGGAAAAAAAAAUCUGCACAAAUACGAUGUUUACAAGAAGCAAUAGAUUCUUGGUAGAAUCUGCUAUUGUCUUACUACAGAUGUGGACAUGUUUUACUCUAUGAAUACUGGAGAUCAGAAAUGUAUUCAUGCUACCUUGCCGACGUUAUAAGCUCUCAAAUUUGGUUAUUAGUAAUAGCAAUAAAUCAAUAUCUGGUAUCAGUA